UCCUUUUGGCAUUUUCGCUCGCACGCCUCUACCGCGGAUUCUGAGUUUCUCUUCCUCGCACGCACGCACGCGGGAUCGCGUCUUCUGCUGAAACACUACGCCAGUAAUGGAAGACUGUGGCGACGUUGAUGGAGGAGUAAGAACUGCUCGGCUCCUCUCUCGUGAGAGCGUCAAGGCACUCGUCGAUUCUGUUGAAGUUUUUCUCUUCGAUUGCGAUGGUGUCAUUUGGAAGGGUGAUAACCUCAUCGACGGCGUCGCGCAGACAUUAGAGAUGCUUCGAUCCAUGGGGAAGAAGCUGGUAUUUGUGACGAACAACGCAACCAAGUCUAGAAAACAAUAUGCAAAGAAGUUCCAUUCGCUGGGACUUGCAGUAAGCGAGGAUGAAAUUUUUUCGUCGUCCUAUGCGGCUGCUAUGUUCUUGAAAACCAAUAAUUUCCCUCCAGAGAAAAAGGUUUAUGUGAUAGGUGAGGAAGGCUUAUUGGAAGAGCUGGAGCUUGCUGGUUUUACUGCUCUUGGUGGCCCUGAGGAUGGGAACAAGAGGGUAGUGCUGGAGUCCAACUUCCUAUUUGAACAUGAUAAGAGUGUUGGAGCGGUUGUAGUUGGACUUGACCACUAUAUCAACUAUUACAAGCUUAUGUAUGGAACCUUAUGCAUCCGUGAGAAUCCUGGUUGCCUUUUCAUUGCUACCAAUUGUGACGCAAUGCGCCACGCGACUAAUUUGCAAGAAUGGCCAGGUGCUGGAUGUGUGGUUGGUGCAGUGCGUGGAUCAACUCAAAAGGAACCUAUUGUUGUUGGAAAACCAUCAACGUUUAUGAUGAACUUUCUACUAAAGAAAUUCCAAAUCCCUACCUCCAAAAUGUGCAUGGUGGGUGAUAGACUGGACACUGAUAUUUUAUUUGGACAAAAUUCUGGCUGCAAGACCCUCCUUGUUCUUACUGGUGUGACUACUCUACCUGUCCUUGAAGAUCCUACAAACAACAUUCAGCCAGAUUAUUACACAGGCAAUCUAUCUGACUUUCUUGAACUAUUGGGACCAUGAUUGCAACAUUUGUCCUUCAUAAUUUUUGUUAAGAUCUCUUUGAUAUACUUAACUUUACUUCUAUAUUUUGAAUAAGGGUCAUAACAGGAGUAUGUGGCCUAGCCUUCUCACUGUACCAUUGUUACUAGUUGGUUUGGGGAGCUUUGUUACUCAUAUAGAUCCACAAAACAUAUUCACUAAUAUUAUUUCUAUACCAUCUUGAAGGAUGUGAUAAAUGGUUGAGAUCGUGUUAUUGGGUU